CCCCCACUUCGAGCCAAACACCCUUUUUUCUUUCCUCCAACGCCUUUGUUUUCCUUGAUUGUACAGUUUCGCCCACGGUAAACCAGCAAUCAUGUCUUUCGGAAAGAUUUACAGCUACAGCGGUAACCCGCGCACCACCUCCCUCCUUGCUGUCGCAAAGGAGAACGGCCUCGACAUCGAGUUCGUCGACACCGAGCCUGCCAAGGGCGUCUCUACCGACUACCUGAAGAUCAACAAGCUCGGCAAGGUCCCUACCUUCGAGGGCGCUGACGGCUUCGUUCUCUCUGAGACCAUCGCUAUCGCUGUCUACCUCGCUUCCCAGAACGAGAAGACCAGCCUGCUUGGCAAGACCAAGCAGGACUACGCCACCAUCCUCCGAUGGAUGUCCUUCGCCAACACUGAGGUCCUCACUCCCCUCGGUGGCUGGUUCCGCCCCAUCAUCGGCCGUGACCCCUACAACAAGAAGAACGUCGAUGACUCACAGAAGGCUGCCCUCAAGGCCGUCCACGUCCUCGAGGAGCACCUCUUCACCCACACCUACCUCGUCGGUGAGCGUCUGACUCUUGCCGACCUGUUCGCCGCCAGCAUCAUUGCCCGUGGCUUCCAGUACUUCUUCGACAAGAAGUGGAGGUCAGAGAACCCCAACGUUACUCGCUGGUACGAGACCGUCUACAACACCCCCAGCUACUCCGCUGUUGCUGGCAAGCUUGAGUUCAUCGAGGAGGCCAUCAAGAACGUUGCCCCCAAGAAGGAGCAGGCCCCUAAGGCCGAGAAGCCCAAGGCUGCCGCUAAGCCCAAGGCUGCUGAGCCCGAGGAGGAAGAGGAGGCCCCCGCUGCCCCCAAGCCCAAGCACCCUCUUGAGUCUCUUCCCCGCGCCACCUUCGUCCUUGACGAUUGGAAGCGCAAGUACUCCAACGAGGAGACCCGCGAGGUUGCCCUCCCCUGGUUCUGGGAGAACGUUAACUUCGAGGAGUACUCUCUCUGGACGGUUGACUACAAGUACAACGACGAGCUUACCCUCACUUUCAUGACCUCCAACCUGAUUGGUGGUUUCUUCGCCCGUCUUGAGGCUUCCCGCAAGUACCUCUUUGGUUGCACUUCCGUCUACGGCCAGUCCAACGACUCCAUCAUCAAGGGUGCUUUCCUCGUUCGCGGCCAGGAGGCUCUUCCCGCUUUCGAUGUCGCUCCCGACUACGAGUCCUAUGAGUUCACCAAGCUCGACCCCACCAAGGAUGAGGACCGCAAGUUCGUCGAGGACCAGUGGUCCUGGGACAAGCCCAUUGAGGUCAACGGCAAGUCCUACGAGUGGGCUGACGGCAAGGUGAUCUGCUUGGGUGCAGGCGGUGGCCCAACUGAAGACAACGUAACCGGAUUCCUCGUGCGUUCAACAGCCACCAAAUGGUCCAAGAACUCGGUCCUAGCUGUCGAUGCAGGUUCGCACCUUGCUGCGAUCACUCGAAUCCUGGAACAGCACUUUCCGCUUGUCUCAGAGCCACGACCCCAGUCACCGCCGAAAGUGGAUAGCAUCCAUGGCGGCGGUGUUCGAAUCAAUGAUGACGGGAUGUCGCCAACGACUGAGCAUGUUCCAAUGUCUGAUGAUGAUUCUGGAGUCGAAACACCAUUGUCGGACGAUGACAUGCCAUUAGAGAUAACAACAUUACUAGACGGAGUAUUUGCUGGCCUGCCUUUCCCAAACGCAAGUGCAAGAGCCAAUGCGCUACACGUUGUAAGAGAACAUGUAUCGACGUACCUCAUUACACAUCCACAUCUGGACCACUUUUCUGGUUUCGUUAUCAACACCGCGGCCUUCCAUAACACAUCGCGCCCGAAAAGAUUAGCAGCUUUGCCGUUCACAGUUCACGCUAUUAAGACACAUAUCUUCAACAACAUCAUUUGGCCUAAUCUCACGGACGAGGACGGCGGGGUGGGACUUGUAUCAUUCCAGCGACUUGCAGAAGGAGGUAACAUAGCCUUAGGUCAGGGCAAAGGAAGGGGGUACAUAGAGGUCUGCGACGGCCUAGGCGUAAAGGGCUUCAAAGUCAGUCAUGGACACUGCAUGCAGGGCCCUGGGCAUGUACACCGCGGCUCCAACGCAGAUUUACGGGAGGCAUCAGGCUUGCAAAACACCUCUGCAGCUCUAUACCAAGGUGAGGCUUGGGAAGGACGCUCACACAGCUUCUCCAUGCCGGUGCCACAUAGCCAGCCCGGAACACCAAGACUUGGCUCAUUCGGUACUGAGCAAGGUCGAAGAUCCAGUCAUGUUGCUGCGAACAGCAUAUCAGCAAACCACUGCGUCGUCGAUUCAUCCGCGUUCUUCAUACGCAGCGACUCCACAAUGACUACUCCAACAAAAGAAAUCCUCAUCUUCGGCGACGUCGAGCCAGACUCCCUAUCCCUCUCGCCCCGCACAGCAUACAUCUGGGCGGAAGCCGCCCCCAAAAUCGCCGCUGGCAUCCUCACAGGCAUCUUCAUUGAGUGCAGCUACACCGACGCGCAAGCCGACGCCGUCCUCUUCGGACACCUCGCACCACGCCAUCUCCUCGCUGAACUGCAGAACCUCGCCGACAUGGUCCGCGAAGCACGUAAAGAGCACGAGCAAGCGCGCGAAGCAGCGCGCCAGGGACGGAAACGCAAACGUGUGAGUCGCGACUUGCAUCUCGACGGCCCGAUGAAGCCUCGCACAUGGCAUUCGGGUGUGAAAGGCGUCGAUACACCGCUUUCGUCUACACAUCCGCAUUUCCACACCGACGACGAUCUUAUGACGGAUUUCAGUAAUACUCCUACAGGGACACACACGCCCAACCCUCACCACCCACAUACAUCCAAUUCAGGCCCACUGCAUGAUCCGCACGCCUCCCACCCCUCCGCUCCAGCGGCACUCAACCUUAAUAGUGUGAGCGCAGAGCAUAAUCGCGCGUUGCUGUCUGCUGCGUUCGAGUCGCCGCUGAAGGGAUUGAAGGUCGUGGUUAUACAUGUCAAGGAUACGUGUGAGGAUGGGCUGCUGGUGGGGGAUACGAUACUCAGGCAGUUGCAGGAAGGCGAGGCGAAGAUGAAGGAGGAGGGGAUGGGGUUGGGGUGUAGUUUUGAGAUCAGUAGGAGUGGGGAUGCUUAUUGGUUUUGAGAUGUGGACGAUGUGACGAGCAACUAGGUUCUGGGCCCCGGUUACCGGGGCUGGCGUUUGAUUGGAGAACUAUAUUGUUUGGGUAGUCCUUGUAAGAGGUGGUGGGAUGUUUUGUUUGAUAAGACUGUUCCCUGUAUCUCAAUGUUUGUUCUAGGUU